AGUUUGUACAGAGGCUGGAAGGGCGAGAGCGGAGCUCGAAACCCGGCAGCCAAGAGGAAGAAGAUGAAAGAUCCCAGGUCAGAGCCUCAGGCCGAGCGGACCUUACACCGCCCCCGGGGCGUCGGAAGCAGCCUCAGUGGCAGCCGCCAGCCCCGAUAGCCGCCCGUGCUGCCCAGGGCUGAGGAGGAGGGCGGCCCGAAUCCGGGACUGAGGCUCCGUGCCACCUGCGCGCGCGGCCCCACACCUGCGCGCUGUCCGCCCGGGGACCGGACCUGCGGGCUCCUCAAAGUUUGGUCCCGUCUUUGAAGGUACGGAAGAAAAAAAGAAGAAGAAAGAAAGAAAAAGAAAAGAAAGAAAUCAAUCCAAGAUCAGGUUGCAUUGACCCAUCCCGCUACCCUUCUGGUUCUGCCAGGUGUUCGAAAGCUUGCCAUUCUGACCCCAGUUCCGGAAAAUUGGCAGCCGCAGAGACCCGGCUCUGAGAAGACAAAGGCUUGGCAAGCUCCACACCGAGCGGGCGAGACCGAGGGCAGGUUGGAGGCGUGUGGUGGACAUCGGAGUCUUGACCCUGGGGUCCUCCGCGGCCGCCACCGCCGCGGCUCCCACAGACCCAGCCUCGAACUCCAAGGCUGCGUACCGAGGGCCACCACCAUGUCCACUCCUGGGGUCAAUGCGUCCGCCUCCUCUACCCCUGACCGUCCGAACAGCCCGGUGACCAUCCCGGCGGUGAUGUUCAUCUUCGGGGUAGUGGGCAACCUGGUGGCCAUCGUGGUGCUGUGCAAGUCGCGCAAGGAGCAGAAGGAGACGACCUUCUAUACGUUGGUGUGCGGGCUGGCCGUCACCGACCUGCUGGGCACGUUGCUGGUGAGCCCGGUGACCAUCGCCACGUACAUGAAGGGCCAGUGGCCCGGAGGCGAAGCACUCUGCGAGUACAGCACCUUCAUCCUGCUCUUCUUCAGCCUGUCCGGCCUCAGCAUCAUCUGUGCCAUGAGUAUCGAGCGCUACCUGGCCAUCAACCACGCCUACUUCUACAGCCACUACGUGGACAAGCGGCUGGCCGGCCUCACGCUCGUCGCGGUCUAUGCGUCCAACGUGCUCUUCUGCGCGCUGCCCAACAUGGGCCUGGGCAGCUCGCGGCUGCAGUACCCGGACACCUGGUGCUUCAUUGACUGGACCACCAACGUGACGGCGCACGCCGCCUUCUCCUACAUGUACGCGGGCUUCAGCUCCUUCCUCAUUCUCGCCACCGUGCUCUGCAACGUGCUGGUGUGCGGUGCGCUGCUCCGCAUGCACCGCCAGUUCAUGCGCCGCACCUCGCUGGGCACCGAGCAGCACCACGCGGCGGGCCCCGUCGCGGUGCCCUGGGCCCACUGCCGGAGCAACCCGACCGCCGCCUCCCCCGCCCUGCCGCGCCUCAGCGACUUUCGCCGCCGCCGGAGUUUCCGCGGAAUAGCGGGCGCCGAGAUCCAGAUGGUCAUCUUACUCAUCGCCACCUCCCUGGUGGUGCUCAUCUGCUCCAUCCCGCUCGUGGUACGGGUGUUCAUCAACCAGUUAUAUCAGCCACGUUUGGUGCAAGAAAUCAGCAAAAACCCAGACUUGCAGGCCAUCCGAAUUGCUGCUGUGAACCCCAUCCUGGACCCCUGGAUCUAUAUCCUUCUGCGGAAGACCGUGCUCAGCAAAGCAAUAGAGAAGAUCAAGUGCCUCUUCUGCCGCAUCGGCGGGUCCCGCAGGGACCGUUCGGGACAGCACUGCUCAGACGGCAGAAGGACAUCUUCCGCCAUGUCUGGCCACUCCCGCUCCUUCCUCUCCCGAGAGCUGAGGGAGAUCAGCAGCACAUCUCAGACCCUCCUCUACAUGCCGGACCUCAGUGAAAAUGGCCUUGGCGGCCGGAACCUGCUUCCGGGUGUACCUGCCACGAGCCCGGUCCAGGCAGACACCACCUCCCUGAGGACUUUGCGAAUAUCAGAAACCUCGGACUCCUCCCAGGGGCAGGACUCAGAGAGUGUGUUACUGGUGGACGAGGUUAAUGGGAGUAGCAGGUCUGGGCCUGCCCCCAAGGGGAACUCUCUGCAAGUCACAUUUCCCAGUGAAACACUGAACUUAUCAGAAAAAUGUAUAUAGUAGCUAAGGAAAGAAGUACAGCACUAUUUCUGCUAUUUCUGGAAGCAUAUAAAAUCCUGUGCAAUAGACACAUAAAUGAAGUGUUUUCGCUGUGCGCAGAAGGGCUGUUUUGUCCUUCAACUCACAUUAAAGAACAUCUGGGCUCUUCAGCACUUUGCAAACAAUCCAGUUCAUUCAUAGGGGACCCAGGGUCUGAAGCACAUUGGUUUUCACUUCACUAUGACACAGGAUUUCUGUCACCACUUGAUGGCUGGGAAGACCUACCCUCAGUUUUUCUACUUGAUAGGAGGAUGGCAUAAGUUUUGCUAUUUUCGUAACAUCCAGAGCUUUAUAUCUGGCAUACAGCAGAAGGCCAGGUACGGAAGGGCUCUAUUCCAAUAAACUAUGAGGACUAUCUUGUGAUUUAAGUGUCUCACUAAAGCAUGAAAUGUGAAUUUUAUCGUUGUAAAUAUGACUUAAGGUAUUUAAAGUAUUUUCUUCUCUGUGAGAAGGUUUGUUGUUAAUACAAGGUAUAAUAAAAUUAUAGUAACCCCCUUCUUCCCAGUAUAACCAGCUGAAGUUGCAGAUGUUAGAUUUUUUUCAUAAACAAGUUUAGGCCAAGGUGUGGAAAAUACAGUGAGACUCAUAGCUAUAAAAAAAAUAUAUAAAUUUUUAAAAGAAAUAGUUUAAUAUUAUAAAAGGAAUAAAGCAAAAUACUAUUUUAAGACAUGAACAUUAUAGUCCAAAAUAUUAAAGUUCUUUCAAAGCUAUGUGUAAUACAUAGUGAAAAAUUUUUAGUGAUGCUACAUGUAUUUAUCCAGAAAACUGUGAUUUCGGGAGAAGCUAACCUGCUGGUUAAAAUAUUUUUUCUACUUUUGUCCCCACUGAUACUUUUAAAAAUGUAACAAAUUUGUAAAAGUCCGAAUAAAUAACCCAUAAUUGAAGUGUAUAAUAUAAAAGGAGUCUAAGCAACUUGUUUGUUGUUUUCCCUCUUCAAGUGUUCAUAGUUUUACUUUCCUAAGGAAUGAUCUAGAGUAUCCUUUAAAAUUUAAGAGGAAGGCAGGUUGCACCAUGAAGGCCUUCGAGAUGUGGAAGUAUCACAGAUGCCGUAAGAGUUUAACAACAUAAGGAGUGCAGAACUUGGACACGUGAGGGUAACCUUCUUGCGCUUUUGUGUAACACCCAGUGAUGCUGUACACAUUUGAAGGACCUUUCUCAAGGAAAUACUAAGCAUGUUUUGUUGCUUAAAAUGUUUUUGUGAAUUGCUUGGUUGUAAUUAAAUUCUGAGCCUGGUAGUGAUACAGUUUUAAGAAGCAGUUGUACCAACUGAAAUUAUUUUGGAGAUUAUAAUAAAUAAAUACACUCAGUCUGAGUUCCCGUAUCA